CCUGCCAUAACGCGUUACUCAUUAAACCAGAGGCAGACGCUCAUCCUCUCCGGACAGAUGGAUACCAGAAUCCGCGCAAAAUUGUUUUAUUUAUAGUUUUUUAAAUUUAUUAUCAUUUUAAAUUCAUCGCUAAGGCGUUGACGAGCACAAACUGACGGAGGUUGAUGUUCUGAGGCAUCGAUGAAUCGGGCACAUUAAAGACCCAUGGCAAAGUGGUUGAAAGAUUACUUGAAUUUUGGCAGCAGGAAAGGACCUCCGCAGCCGCCCAAGCCCGAUUACACAGAGAGCGAGAUACUUCGUGCGUACCGUGCCCAGAAGGAGCUGGACUUUGAAGACCCGUAUGAACCCUCCAACCGAGCAAAUAAUGGCUCGGGGAACAGUGACCCAUUUCCUUCCUUCGGAACGGUUCUGCCCAAUGGCAUGGAGGUCAAGAUCGUCUCUCCUAAGCACAGACUAAUAAAAGUGGAAUCUCAGGAAUUCAACCGCUGCAAGGUCCCACUGGGCAUCGUCUCAUUCGAGGAGCCUCAUGUCCCUGUUGUUCCAUCUGCUCCAGCAGUGGGGGACACUGAUUAUUCAGACCCAUUCGACGCUCGUCCAGACCCACGAGCCCAUCUCGGCUGGGAAUCCGGCUCCGUAGAAAACAGCAACAGCUACAUGGAACCAUUCGAGGCCCAGAGAGUCAUCACAGAGCUGCAGCACAGCUCGGAGCAUGUCCACUCUGUCUCUCGGGGAAGCCCACAGCUCUACGACAGUCCAUAUGAAGAGCGUGGACACUACAGGACCGGUUUCCCAGAUGAUGAGCGGGAGAAUCGAUUGCCCCAAGAUGACGAAAGGCCUGCAGAUGAGUAUGACCAGCCAUGGGAGUGGAAGAAGGAAAACAUCUCCAAGGCAUUAGCUGUACAGUUUGAUGGUGGCGAUUGGGAGCGCUCCACACUGCCCCACACGGACCAGCACCGUAGAACUGGAGCAUCCAGAACCAGUCCUCCAUCCAGCAAGGUCACCAGUCUACGCAAACCCAGUGACCUCCACACCAUCCUGGGGGAGAGGGUGGACCCUAUAUUACCUCUGGAACAACAAGUGUGGUACCACGGUGCACUGACGCGCUCUGAAGCUGAGAGUCUGCUGACACUGUGCAAAGAAUGCAGUUACCUGGUGAGGAACAGUCAGACAAGCAGAAACGACUACUCUCUCUCCCUCAGGAGCUGUCACGGCUUCAUGCAUAUGAAGUUCUCUCAGUCACGUGAUGGGAAGUACAUCCUCGGCGAGAACAGUCCCCCCUUCGACACAAUUCCAGAGGUCAUCUACUACUACACCACCCACAAGCUACCCAUCCGGGGUGCAGAACACCUCUCUCUGCUCUUCCCUGUGGUGGUCCAGACUCUCUGAGAACAUGCACAGCUGCACACUGGCCCACAAACACAAGCACAGGCCUGGACUUCUUUUGGCUUAGGGUGCACUCACACUCACUCACACACACACACACACACACACUCAGGGUCUAAUAUUGGUCAGCUUGCAGUAGCGCUUUGUAUUUGAUGAAAUGUGUAGUUUUAUGUUUGGAUUUGAAUAAUGGCUACCAAUGAUCUUUCAUGAAUUGGUUUGAAUCUGCUCUGAAUCAUAAUUUGGAGUGUAGUUCAUCUGCAGGCUGGAAUUUAAAUGAACAUUAAUGUGAAGGCUGAAAUGAUGCUUUAGGUUAUUUGAAUACAUUUGACACUACACAAUUCCUCUUGCUUCUAAUACUCUUUACACUAUGUGACUUGAACAAAACUGUGUUCCAGAAUGACCUUCGUACAGUGCAUCGCUUGCCUUUACAACUAGUACUCUAUUAGGCAGUUUUUAGAAAGGCCUCAACACUAUUCUGGAGUUUCCUUAAACGACGGAAGUAUGGAUGCUCAGUUUCUACUGUGCUCUUUUAGGAAAUGCCUUUGCUAAACUGCCACACUGUUAUCAGCAUGUCCUACACCCCAUCGAGCUGUAGAUCCUUGUACUGUUCCUUCCAUAUCUCCUGCUCUAGGCACCCGAUAGAUGAAUAUUAAGAUAUCCGUAAUUAGGGAUGCAUCAAUACUGAUACUUGUACACGUAAGUGCUCCGAUGCCACAUUAUACUGUGUAACGUAAGCCUAAUGUACAAAAUGCCAGGAGUCUGGAGGUAUUUUCAGAAUCACCUUUCCAAUGUAAGACAGAUGGAAAACUGUAAUCUGUGAAAAUUUCAAGAGAAUUUACUACAUCUUCCUACAAUGCAAGUAACUUGAAUAAACGCAAUAAGAUGCGUUAACAGUGUGUUUAAUAGAGUGUGAAGAGGGCUGAGCAGUAUAUGUGAGCAUUGAGCUCAAGGUACUGAAAGUUGUGCGCACGCAAACGUGGAGCAGUGAAGUUUCAGUUCAGCGAGAAAUAAGACACGGACGCUUCGUUUCCGCUCACUCCCCUUAUGAGUUAAGGUGCAAUUCACCGCAUUUUAAAUGCUGCAAGGGUAUGUAUAUGCUGAUGCUUCACUGUGCAUUCAAGUCAGCAUCAGUCUCUAUAUUAAAGAUAAUGUUUAAACACCAUCCAUAAUACUCAUCCUUAGGAGCUAAUUGUUAGGAGCAGCAACCAACAUAAUGUUUCCAUGAUGCCCCUGAUGGUAAGGUACUAAGUCGGCUACUCAUUUCAGUAUCGAUAUUGGUAUUGAUGAGUACAAAAAACAUGUACUCUUACGCUGGAAAAGUGGUAUGGAUGCAUCCCUGUCAAUAUUACAGACGAUAUAGAUAUAAAUAUCAAGCUUAGCCAAAUCAAGUUGCUUGUAUAGUAAUAUAUGAAUGCGAAUAUUCCAUUUAUCUUUUGGAGUUUUUGCAGCCACUGUGGGUUUUGAUAAUGGGUGAUUGAGACAUACUGUUAAAGGAAACCAGGCAACAGCUGCGGAACGUGUGGAAUGUCUUUCCCUGGCACAGCCGAGCAACCGUCGCUGCAUGUGCUGGAGGCAGUGACUCGGGCGCGAGUUUAGAGAGAAGUGAAAAUUGGAAGAGAAAUCUUCACCUCGCCAGAGCUGUGAACCACUCGGUCGCGCCCAUCCUCUGUAUGCCAGCGAUUUCUAUCCUUUUUUUUUUUUUCUUUUUUUUUUUGGCAGGAGAAAGGAAGCCACCAUUUCUGCAGGGCUGCGCCUCAUCAGAGGUUUCCAUUCACAGCUGGAAAGGUCACACUUACACUGUACACUAACACUAGAAACUACUGAACACAUGAGCACCAGUAACACUUCCUUUGUUGUGAUUGUACGGUUUACAUUUUAGUUGAAUUUCAAAUACACCAUUAUGAGAUUGACUUUGAAUAUUAUUCACUCCUCCUUAUCUGACGCCGUUCGCCAUUGAGUGAAACGAAGCUUUAUUUUGGUUGUGUUUAAACAUAGGUUACAUCUGAAGCCUAGUUUUCACAGAGAAGAUUGAUGUGGGUUUUUUUGUGUGUGUUUGUGAUAUGUUUUGUGUUGGUCAGUUUGGGCUUCAGACUGAAAAAAGUAAAAACGUGGCACAAAAUACAUCCUGGAAGUUCAAUAUUUAUAUCCAUAACAUGUUUCACUGAUUGAGAGAAUUUUUCCAUCACAAAUCACACAAGUCGUCACAGCUGUGUAGUUAAAGGGAUGGAUCAAUGUUUUUAAACCUAAUCUCUGGCUACUGCAUAUGUAGUAUGUGUGGCAUUAUUAUAGGCAAGAAUUCCGACACGUAUCCCUGCAUUGAGAGAAGAACAGAAAACUUCAAUUUAAUAGACGUCUAAGGGCAGCCGUUGAACUCAAUUGAUAAACUCCUAAUGCAACUUCUAAACUACACCCACUACACUCUAACGAUAAAGGUCCUAUGAUACCAAAGUUCUUCUUAUGAACAUUUAUCCACCAGUUGACUUAACACUUUACCAAAAAGCAUGGUAUUAGAAACUACCCUGGUCAUUUGUUCAAUUUGUAAAAUUAUUCCCAAUUAUGAAAGAACAAAUGUGAACUUGGCAUUAUUUAAGCACUAUUUCACAAGGCAGAGUGCGGUUAUACCGAUGAGCUGCACGACUGUGAUUCGCCACAGACAUAAGCCCACAGGGCAGAAUGAUGCACACAGUGAAAUGUCCCAGUAGAAAUAACAGAAAUAAGUGUUUUGCACAAACAGCUAUCGAUUCCCCCAACAACUGCUCUUAGACGUCCAUUACAAGUUCGCUUUGACUGAACUUUUCUGUUCUGUUGUGUGUCAGAUUAUCGUCUGGUGUAUGAUAAUUGCACAUAGGCUACAGAUGCAAUAAAAGAAGAUUAUGUUGAAAAACACUGGAGUAUACUGUAAAGCUAUUAGACCUAUGGCACACGCUAGCAUUAUCACAAGAUCUACUCUGUUGCAGAGUGUAAUAUUAGAGAACUACACUGUAGUUGUGCUUGAUUAUGAUGACUGACUUUCUGUACUUUCCUUCUUUUGAGUAAAAUAAGCUUUUUUUUUUAAAAAAAUAAUAAAAUAAAAUGAUAAUAAUAAA